CGCAAUGCGCAGUUUUACGCCCCCGUGUCAGCGUCGAUGAUUCAUCAGAUGCUUCCAAGUCAAGGCACUCUUCGAAUAGGAAGCUACGAGGUGCCUCAUGUGAGCGUCGUCGGCAUCGUUCGCUCGGUCACGAGAGACCCGCUACAUGUGGACUACAUGAUUGACGACAUGACGGGACCACCAAUCGCCGUACGCAAGUACAUCAACGUGGAAAGCCCAUCGUCGAACGUAGUCGCCAUGGAAAACACUUAUGUAAAGGUUUGCGGCAGCAUCAAAAAUUUCGAGGGCAAAAAGUCGAUUGCAGCGCUCGGAAUUAUCACAGUAACGGAUCUCAAUGAUUUAACGGCCCAUCUAAUGGAAGUAGUGCAGUGCAAACUGUUCUACACGAAGGUAAUUAAUGAUUUUUUUACGAAGAUUUUGUGUCCCACACCAUUUGCGAACAACCUGGUUUUCAGGAUUCCAAUGCACCUCUCGUGUUUUCCUUGA